GUUUCUUCUUUUCUUUUGUGCAAGUUGCCGAACAUCUAAAAGCUCCACAGACAACGUUUCUCGUGUAUCUCUAAUAAUUGUUUUUUAAAUUAAAAAAAAAGAAAAACAAUUCUCAAGAGUUUUCUUCGUUUCUCUUUUGAUUUAAAUUUUCUUUCUUAUUGUAUGGGCUUGAUCGGAGAAAAGCCACUUUUGUGUUUUUGAUUUUCAUUAUUGUGUUUUAUUUAAAUUUUUGGCUGGAGGGUGUGUCUGAAUAAUUCAAUGCUUCUCUCUUCUCUUCCUUUCUAAAUCUCUCUCUCUCCUCUCUAAACCAAAGCAGCUAUGGGCGACGAACACUCUCUCAGCCCAAAGGAUAGUUUCGUCUUCAAGCUCCCUAAAAAAUCCCCACUUGUGUUGAGAAUGGUCGUUCUCAUGUUUGUCAUGGUCUGCGCUGUCUACAUUUGCUCAAUCUGUCUUAAACAAAUCGGUGUCGUCCCAAGUGCUGGUUUUUUGAACGUUGAAGUCUUUGAGAAGCCUUGUCCCGAGCCUAACAUUGAACCAUGGGACAUACCAUAUGUACAUUACCCUAAACCCAAGACAUACAACAGGGAGGAAUGUUCGUGCAAUCCAGUUAGGUAUUUUGCGAUUCUGUCAAUGCAGAGAUCUGGUAGCGGCUGGUUUGAGACUUUGCUAAACAAUCAUACUAACAUAAGCUCCAACGGGGAGAUCUUCUCGGUUAAAGACAGGAGGGCUAAUGUCUCCACCAUUUUCGAGACCUUGGACAAAGUAUAUAAUCUAGAUUGGUUGAGUAGUGCUUCUAAGAACGAGUGCACUUCUGCCGUUGGUUUGAAGUGGAUGCUUAAUCAGGGUCUAAUGAAACACCAUGAAGAGAUAGUAGAAUACUUCAAAACCAGAGGCGUCUCAGCUAUAUUCCUCUUUAGAAGGAACCUCUUGCGCCGAAUGAUUUCAGUUCUUGCAAACUCUUACGAUAAAGAUGCUAAGCUAUUGAACGGUACUCACAAGUCCCACGUCCAUUCUCCUAAAGAGGCUGAGAUAUUGGCGCGGUACAAACCGUUGAUCAACACAACUCUUUUGAUAGCUGAUCUGAAACAAGUUCAAGAGAUGACUACAAAAGCACUUUCUUACUUCAAUACCACUCGCCACAUCUUCCUCUAUUACGAAGACGUUGUCAAAAACCGCACCAGACUAGAUGAUGUGCAAGAGUUUCUGAAGGUUCCAAAACUUAAUUUAAAGAGCCGGCAAGUGAAGAUUCAUCACGGUCCUUUGUCACAGCACGUACAGAAUUGGGAAGAGGUUCAAAAGACGCUGAAUGGGACUGGUUUUGAAAACUUUCUACUUGAAGAUUACCGAAAGUGAAUUAACACGGUAGGAGAGAGUGAUGUACAUAAACCUCUCUCGGAUGAUUGUCAGACCAUCAACUUGUAGGAGAGUUUUGCUAGAACAGGUUUUGCAAAUCUGCUUUUUUUUUAAUGUUUUAGUUUUCUGUCGUAAGCGAGUUGAUAGAUUUUUAUUUGAUUCAUUCUUUAUCAGGGAACUAAGAGUUAAAUUGUAAUCAGAAAAGUCGAUCUGGUUAA